CGAGGCGCUGUGAAUUCUGGGGGAGCUCUGCCGUCAGAGAAGUCAGUAUUAUGCCAUUGCUGGUGGAGAAUGAUAUAUAAUUUCCUUUUCAAACAGAAGGUGGGAAAUAAAUACUGGCUAAUUCUUCCAUCGUCACACCUUGCUGCUGCUGCUUAUUAUUAAUAAAUGCAUGUCGUUGUUUAUGCUUUUUAUAAUCUUGAAGUCUGACGCAAAGACAAAAAAAUUCUACGUCACCAAUCAUCUUAAUAAUAAACAAUAUUAAGCGAUAAGUUGUCGUAGUGCAAUGGAGUGUCACAGGACGGUGAAGCCCGCGGCUUGUGUGAAUGACAGAAGCCGGUAACAAAUGAACAGCUACAAUGUAAGCCAACGCAGUCUCGACGAGGGCGCUUGAUCUUUCUGAAAGGAGUAUUGUGGACUAGCAGGGGAGGGAGGUUUAUCUUUCUGUCGUUAAUACUGUCAGCUCUUUACCGCUGCUGCAUGUAGUUUACACCGGUGGUGCGUGGUGGUGUGAAGAGACCAUGCAUUCACUCCCAACGGGGCUGAAGGAGAAAGCGACUACAAGUGCAACUGUGGUCGAAAAUCGUUUGGUUUUUUUGCACACCAGUUGAGAAAUAAACACGACGACCUGGAUCCAGCUUACCCAGGACAAUGCAAUGCUGGCUUUGAAUACAGCACGACUACCUGCACCGUGUCACCGGAGGAGACGUAACAGCAGAAAUAAAUAAAUAGGCAGCAUUAUUAUUUUGUUGCAUUAUUACACAGAACAGCGGUCUCUUUGAAAACAAUAAUACUAAUAAAUCAUGUUUACUGAUUAAUGCACAAGCAUAUAUAAAUCGUUUUUACUUCAAUGAUGUAUGUAUUUAUCUUGUAUUUUGUUCGCUGCACCUCAUCAUGGGCCGCACAGACAGCAAGACCCGCAUACAAGUGCAACAUCCUGUUAAACCAGUGACGCGUGUGCUGUUAUUGCUGUUAUUGAAAUAACAAGAGCCAUUAUAAUUAUGUAUAUUAUAGGCUGUGUUAAUAUAACGGCAUGCGAUUGCGGUACUUCAUAGCAACACAGAAGAAGAAAUUAAUGUUUUGCUGACUCUUAGCUUCUGUGAAGAGGAACUCUCGUCCCAGUCGUAAUUAUUGUGAUAAUAAUACUAGUAAUAUACGAUACUUGCACAUUAAGAAUGGCCGGGCUUGUUUUGAAGGAUUUCAGCUGGCUGUUUCUGGUCGCUCUCUUCUUCGCCUCUCUGCUCACGGUUCUGACCUGGCUCGUGCAGUACUCGAUCGGAAUCGUUCGCCGCCGCGGUCGGAAAGAGCCGAACACCUGCGGUUCGGCAGCCGGACCCGGGACCUUCCCCUCGCAUCAGCAGACCCUGGGGGUAUGGGGUUCUUUACUGAAGCUGGGGUUCGGCCGGGAAGGAGGAGGAAGAGGAGGAGGAGGCGCUGCUGGAGGGGAACCCGAGGCCGGGGUGAAGGGGCUGCUGUCUUCGCUGUUCGCCUUCAAGUCGUUCAGGGAGAGCUGGCAGCGCACUUGGGUUCGAGCGCUCAAUGAGCAAGCCUGCCGGAACGGGAGCUCCAUUCAGAUCACCUUUGAGGACAAUCCACAGCUCCCCGCCUCCGCCAGCAUCAGUCAUGUGACCUGCACGGACCAAUCGAAGAACACCAUGGUUCUCCAGUGUCACUUCACAGCUGACAUGGUGACAUUUCCAGUGACUGUCACUCAACAAUCACCAGCUGCUGUUUCCAUGGAUACGUACCAGGUUGCCAUGGAACCCUUGGAGGCUCAGUUGGAGAUCUGCCUGGAGGAGCUGCAGGAGGGGCUGCUGGUGUCCUGGACUUUCUCAGAGCGCCCCCUGCUGGGCUUGACUGUCACCCCGCGACUGCUGCAGAGAGCGGGGAGUGAUGAGAAGGUGGAUGUCGGCACUAUCAGGGAGCUGGUGGAAGACACGCUCGUGAGCACCCAGCCAGCCAUGAUCAUCAACCUGCAGUCCAGCGAGUCCAGCAGUGUGGUCCCAGGAGAGAGGCUGGUCAGGGGGCUGCCCUCCCCUUCCCGAGGGGGGGUCCCAGGACACAGGCUGCAGGUUCGACAGCUGAAAGCUUCUAAUAUCAGCACGACAAAGAAAGGAGGUCGAGGAGAGCUGUGCUGUGUGCUGGAGCUUGACAACCCCUCUCAGAUCAAGAGGACCCAGUUCCUGCCGGCUCCACGGAACCCCAGCUCUGAGCUGGACUGGAGAGAGGAGAUCCUGCUGGAGCUGGGAUUGAGGACCAAGGAGCUGAAGCUGAGUCUUGUGGAGAGAACCAGUCAAGGAGAACAGCCCCUGCCUGGCCAGGCUACUAUCCCUCUGGACCCCCCCAGGGGCCUCCCCCUCGGCCGGCAGGUCUUGUCUCUGUGUCCUGCAGCAGGAAGAGGGGUAUCUGCCGGGACUGUCUCCCUGGAGCUGGGGUACCUGGAGCCUGCAGACCCCCACGAGACUCAUCCCCCAGGCUCAGCGUUGACCUCCCUCACCCCCACCAAGAAGGUAGAGAGGGACCGAACUGUCAUGCCGGACGGCACCAUCGUUACCACUGUGACCACCAUCCAGUCCCGCCCCAAGGUGGACCGCAAACUCGACUCACCCUCACGCUCACCCUCCAAGGUGGAGGUGACAGAGCGGAGGCCCACGCUGAAACCAGGGGACUACCAGGACGGGGUCACCCCCACCACCAGCACAGAGAGUCAGCUCUCGAAUGGGCUGGACCCGGUGGCAGAGACGGCGAUCCGACAGCUCACCGAGUCGGCGAGCAAGGCAGCGAAGAAGACCCCCACCAAGAGGAGCACCCUCAUCAUCUCAGGGGUCUCCAAGGUGCCGAUAGCGGAGGACGACACGUCUGUCUCAAUUGGCUACGCUGCAGCGAUGGACGCUGCCCUGCAGGGGGAGCCCUGUGGAGCCUCCGGUCCCACCAGCCACGCAGAGCCGCCACGCCCCACCGGCUCCCAGGGUGCACUGCAGCAGGACACGGACGAGACCACGCAGUCCGACAUCUCGGAGAGGCCCUCCGUGGACGACGUGGAGUCUGAGACGGGCUCGACUGGGGCGCUUGAGACACGCAGCCUCAAGGACCACAAAGUCGGGUUCCUGCGCAGCGGAACAAAGCUCCUGUUCCGUCGCCGCCAUCGCCAGAAGGACCCGGGAUGCAGCCAAUCACACGAGGACGUCUCCAACGUUGCAAACGGCUCGGCUGUGCGCAAGAAAUCUGGGAGUUUCUCUAGACGCCUCAUCAAGCGCUUCUCCUUCCGCUCCAAAUCCAAGGGCAAGGCCAGCGCGAACGGAGGAGCGGAGGGGAGUGAGAACUGAGGAGGAGGAGAGAGUACGGGGAGCAGGGGAGCAGGGGAGCCGGGGAGUCAGGGAGCAGGGGAGCAGGGGAGCCGGGCAGGGCAAUGCAAGAACCAGGCAUGUGUUUAAAAAAACAAACUGUUGUAGUUUUAACUGCAGUGAAAGGGCAUUCGUAAUUUCAAAACGCUUAAUUGGAAAACUAUACAACAAUCAGAACUGUAAGGUAAAAUUAUAAGUCAGGUAGCAGGGGUGGAACUAAGACUCCCACUGCACAGGAGUUUGAUCCAUUCCUGAUUUUACUAUGAGUUUAAGCUGAGCUUGCUACCUAUACACUGUGGAUAAUCAAUCUCGCAGUAAAACUUGGAAUGGAUGAAAUUGCUAUGCAAUAGUUGACUCAUUCACAUCCUUGAAGUGUUUCGGCAGGUGCCUUCUUCAGCAUUCACUCGUUAUUUAACAAUUCAGUAUUUUAGUACUAUGUUGAUGAUAAAUUGUAAAUCCUAUGUUUUCCUGUAUCACUAAUUCACUGUUUUCAAUACAAAGGGAAACAGUACACUGGAGAAGGCACAAGCCGAGGUGUUGCUCUGCAUGACUUAUUUUCUAUUAGUUUUACCUUUCAGCUUUAGGCAAAGUGCAUCUAAUGGCUAUGCCAGAAAAGGGAGUUUAUAUAAGUACUGUAGUUUCCCUGAUAGGAUUCAGAACAGCACUUGUUUUUUUUCAACAGCAAAUGUGCCACCUUGUGUUUGAAUGCUGAACUGCAAAAAGAAGUUUAAAAGCAAGGUCACAUCCAAACUGUACACACACGCACGCACGCACGCACGCACGCACACACACACACACACACACACACUUACUUCACUGUUUCUCUUUAUUUUUUUCAUCCCUACCCUUAUGCAUUUUCACUGCACUCGACCUGCUGUUAAUAUCCUGAGUGAGGGAACGGCUGCUGUUCUUAAUAAAGUGAAAAAUGCAUCAUUUAGUGCACUUUUAAAAAACAAAACACACACUUCACUGUAGAAAGGUCCGUGCAACUGCAGUUAACCAUACCAGAACAGCACUGUGUCACUGUGGCUAUAGAGAAUACGCCUGCAAUCACCAGUAUAUACUGAAGCACUAGUCUGCCUCGCUUUGCUGCACUUUCACUGCAGUUUAACUGUCGAUGGGGGGAGGGUGUUGUAACAGGAGUCGUUUGCGCUUUCUUCAGUGUCCUCAUGCCUGCAAUGAGCAGAGGGAGAGAAGAUAUUCACACAGUACAAGGAAGCUGUUUGAUGAUGGUUUCAGGACCCUGCCCCCCCAUACAGACAGUGGUACGGAUGGUGCUCCCCAGCUCCUCCUCCUAGUUUUUUCUGAAUGACAAGUUUGUUCCAGCGAUCCGUCAUUAAUAUCAGACUAACGGCAAGCCCAGGAUUUUGUGAUGAUGGGGUCUGUCCUAAUGCAAUAGACUCUCGCUUAUCUGAACUUGCGAGGAACAGACCCUUUUCAGAUCAGCGAGUCACUGACCGUAAUCUGUACCAUACUACAAAAUGCCAUGUCUAGUUGAAACGUUUAUCAUUCAAUUGAUUUAGUUUCCUGUAGUAUUUCCAGUAUAUAUAGUAAACCUUUCAUUAAAAGCUAUAUAGAUGAUACAGGUAGGUUUGCGAGAGUCUACUGUACACAGAAGCGUUUGAUCAUCAGAAAGUCUCGGGCUUGCCUGCCAGCAGUCUGAUAUCCAGAAUGAAAAGACGUUCGCUCUUCCUGGAGCAGCUCGAGAGCUCCCCCAGGUAAACGCCCCCCAUCUGAAGCAUGCCAUGUAAAAUAAAACCUUUCUACACUCCCACCUCGUUCUGUGAAGCAAAACCAUGUCCUGAUCUGACCUGGAUUUGAACCUGGUUCCUCCUGGGAGGGCAUCUGCGCUAUCGACUGAGCCACCCAGCACCCGCAAGGGAACACAAACUACAAAUCAUCAAUAAUAAACAAACAGGACAAGACUCUGUACUCCUUCCAGAGGUAACCAAAGCUGGGAUGAUGGGUUGAAAACCCAGUGUCAAUUUUGGGGGACGUACACUGUGUUGCUUUUGUAUUUUUUAUGCAUUCUGUUUGGAAAGAUCAGUAAGAGAUGAACGAGGUCCUUCUACAGAGCUGUUGGUAAAGGACCACUGGGCCCUGUGACACAAUCUUUAUCCUUUAAUAUUGGACUGUGACAUUGACAAUACCGCAGUCUGAUUUUAUAGCAACUCUUUCCAGGGGGUGUGAAUAAAUAGGGGAAAUUUCCUAGUGCAGUAGAUAUCGCCGGAAAGGACAGACUCACUCAUCUUGUGACGCAUGGUACAAGUGAGGAGGAGUCGAUUGUAAACCUUAAAUUGAUAAUCAGGAAGAAACACAGUCUAUGUCAAUGGAAUGAAUGCGCUUUAAGUUGUAUGAUUAUUUAAACGGGGAUGAUGAAUGCGGGUGGCGAUGCUGGAAAUUCAUUUCUGAAGGUACUGGGUAGCUCCUCUGAAAUGAGGGAACUGGAUAUCGUACAAACUGUUUAUACAGCUUUGCAAUGUUUCAGGGGGGUUCAAGAGGUACUGAAUGUUCCAAAUGCUCCUUUCCAGUGUGUCUUUGUUUCUAUAUGAUGCAUAAAGUGGAGCUGCGGAAGAGACCACACUUUCUUCCUUCUCCCAGUUCCAAUCGCUCGGCCACACUGCUUACCUCCCAGUCCUUAAGCUCUGUAAUCACUAGGCCAUGAUGCCUCCUAGUCCAUCAGCUCAAAAGCACUAGACCACGCUGCUGACCUCCCAGUCC